AUGUUGAUUUUCAAAAGAUUUAUUGUCUGGGCGAUCCUUUUAGGUUUGACAUCAAUUCAAUUUCUACUUUAUUUACCAAGUUUUACAUGUACAUUUUCUCCAUUGUCCUCAUUUUGCUCACCACAAUUCAAUUUUGGCAUUGUUGGAACAUCAAUAGCUGCAAAGGAAUUCAUUGGGAGUGUUAGAGAAUUUUUGAAAUUAUUAUCUUAUUUGACCUUGGAUAUGGGUUGGUCCAAUGAAUUGAUUGAUCCUGAAAUUUACAAAGAUGAAAAUUUGAUUGAUACGUUCCAAGAUUCAAAUGUCUAUAAAGUUAAUUAUUUAGGGUUCUGUAAGAAAAAUGACAUUGAAGACAAGAAAAUUUAUUGUGUAUCUAAUGGUUUGGCAGGGAUGGAUAUUUUAGGUAUAUUGAUCAGAGAUAUCGGAUUGCAACUAGGCGAGCUGUCUUCUGCCCACGUCAAUGACACUAGACAACUAGGUGAUUCAAUGGUUUUCACAUACCAUUUGACAUUGAAUUCGCUUCGAAAAUUGUUUAAGAAUGACAAGAAGAAGGAUAAAGGAUUCUCAAAAAUUUUGUUAGGUGACCAAAAAAAUGCAGAUGGACCAAAAAAUUACAGAAGAGGUAUUGACAUAGCGUAUACUCUGAUGCUAUUCAACAAGGUAUUAACCAUAACAUAUUUAACCGAGUUUAGCAUCAGUUUCAUUUGUGUCGCCAUUGUGGUUGCGUUUGGCAUGGUAUUACUCUGGGGCAAACACCAUCGGUUUAUUCCUUUAUUUUUGAAAAUUUUUGGUUCGCUAUUGAUGCUAUUAUCUACCAUCACAUUUUGUUGUAACAUAAUAUAUUUACUAAUAUUGAAGGCAUGGGAAGUUAAUACAAGCGAAACGACUAGUGUAACAGGAUGGGAAAUGCUGAAGGUAUCAAUUGGAAGUGGCUUCAUGAUCAAUGGUGUCCGAUAUGUUCUUCAAUGGGUAUUUCUUCCGGUGCUAUUCUUAACUGCGAAUCAUUAUGGUGUAAAAGCUACCAAUGAUGAUAAAACAAAAGAGAAUGAUAAUGGGAACAGGAGUGGCAGUAGCAGUUAUUUAAUGACUGAUGUUGAGGAGCAGAUGAAAGAAGUAAAUAAUCCAUUUGUAUCAGCCAAGAUGAUAUAA